GGUUUUUGCAAGAAUUCUGCACGAAGCCAGGCACACUGGGGCAGCAGAGAUAAGAAAACGCCUUUUACUGGACUGGGAGAGCCGGUGUGAGUAGCUUAUCUGGCGCUAUCACAACGUAGUGAUGAAUUUAGGUAAUUUUCUCCAUUUUUCUCCAUCGCCACGCGCCAAGCAGAAAAAAAUUAUGGGUCGACAGGGCAUCGUCUCCGGUCGACCUCCACGUCGCGCGACUCUGAGCAACCUUUUUCUCUUGUCUAUCCCAACCUCGAGGCCUGUCAGAUUCAACUCUCUCGACAGCUACCCAUCAUGAGCGUCCCCGAACGACCCCAGCCUGUUCCGAACGACAUCGAGGUCUACAAUGACACCACAGACACCGAGAAGCAGUUCCAGAAAGAUUCUGGUGCUGAAGAUGACCCGUUUGGGAAUGAAGAGACCGGAGAGGUCAAGUAUCGAGUGAUGAAGUGGUGGCAAGCCGGAACGCUUAUGGUCGCCGAAAACAUCUCACUUGGUAUUCUGUCUCUUCCAUCCGCCGUUGCAGUCCUUGGAAUUGUCCCAGCUUUCCUGAUUCUCCUCGGUCUUUCCGGUAUCUCAUGGUACACGGGCUAUAUCAUGGGCCAGUUCAAGCUGCGCUUCCCCCAGGUGCACAGCAUGGGUGAUGCCGGCGAGCUUCUUAUGGGUCCGUUCGGCCGUGAGCUGUUCUACUUUGGCCAGAUCCUGUUCAUCAUCUUCUUGAUGGCCAGUCACAUCCUCACCUUCUCCGUGCUUUUCAACACCAUCACCAACCACGGAACCUGCACUAUCGUCUUCGGAGUAGUCGGCCUGGUCCUUUGCUGCAUCUGUGCGCUUCCGCGCAAAUCCGGCAAGGUGUUCUACAUGUCCAUUGCCUCUGCUAUCAGUAUCCUCGUUGCUACUCUGGUCACCAUGAUCUCCAUUGGAGUCGAGGCCCCAGAUGAUGUUCCAAACGAGAUCACCACCUCUCCCUCCUUUGCGGAUGCCUUUUUGGCUGUUACCAACAUUGUCUUCGCCUACAUCGCCCACGUGUCCUUCUUCGGUAUCAUGUCUGAGAUGGAGGACGUACGGGAAUUUCCCAAGGCCCUGGCCAUGCUCCAGGUUGUCGAUACUAUUAUGUACAUCGUCACGGCCAUGGUCAUCUACUGCUAUGCCGGCCCGGACGUGGCCUCUCCAGCUCUGUCAUCGGCUGGUCCGCUCAUGAAGAAAGUCGCCUACGGCCUCGCCAUUCCAACUGUCGUUGUUGCCGGUGUCGUCUUCGGCCACGUUGCCUGCAAGUACAUCUACGUCCGCAUCUUCCGCGGCGAGCGCUCGCACCACAUGCACCAAAACAGCUUCCUCGCCCUGGGCACCUGGGUCGCGAUCGGUCUAACAACCUGGACAAUCGCCUGGAUCAUCGCCGAGUCGAUCCCUGUAUUCAACGACCUACUCAGUCUGAUCAGCGCCCUGUUCGGCAGCUGGUUCAGCUACGGCCUCCCCGCCAUCUUCUGGAUCGUCAUGAACAAGGGCCAGUGGUUUGCCAACUGGAAGAAGAUUUCCCUGCUCAUCAUUAACCUGAUUAUCCUGGGCAUUGCCUGUGCUAUUUGUGGUUUGGGUCUGUAUGUCUCGGGCAAGUCGAUCAACGAGAGUUCGUCUAGUGCUACCUGGACUUGUGCCAACAAUGCCACUUAAAGGGUACCGGAUACUCGCUUCUGGAAGGGGCUUGUUGCUACGGCUAGAAUGGUUGUUUUGUUCUGCAAGGUUCUAUUGUUAUAUAUGCUGGGAUUUAGGAUUUUCUUUUACGUAGAUAGCUUGAAAUGGCUGGGCGAGCUUGGUCAUUGUAUAUAGACUCGCACAUUUACAUAGAAGUCGCAUGUUGCAUAACUAAGCGAUGUGAUUAU